GCGGCCGUAAUAAACUUUGAAAGGUUAUUGAAACAAAAUAGUGUUAGUUUGAAUAAAAAUGUCUUCUAUGAAAGUACUAUUAUUUGUGCUUUCACUGUCUGUUUUUACAGCAGCAAACAGAAAUGUAAAAAAUAUGUUCUCAAUUAAAGUUAAAGAGAAAUAUACAGAUAUACUCAUUGACGAUUUCAGGGAGAUAAAGUUGUACGUACUGUACAAGAUUACGUCAUCGGUGUACAUUUUUAAGUACCACGGACACAAACAUGCUCACCAAGUAUUGAAAGACGUACAAAAAACUUUUCCUAAUCAGGUCAUUGCCAUACAGCAAGUGAGAGAAUACAAAGAUACUUUAAAACCAACGGAUGGACAUACUGGUGACAGUACCGACAUUAGCUCGGAAAACCUGGUGUGUAGCCACUAUUACGGAAUGGAUGUACAAAAGGUCUGGGCAAAAAACAUAACAGGCAAAGGGGUACGAAUCGCCAUCAUUGAUGCCGGGAUAAAUACAGAUCUGGAGGACUUGAAACGGAAUAUUGGCAAUUGCGACCUUUGCAAGAACUUUAGUCAGAACUCUACAAAUGUAGCUCCAGAAAGCUUUAAAGAUUCAUUAGAAAAGCCGCCUUCACCUGCCGAUCAUGGUAAUAAAGUGGCAAGUAUAGUAGCAGCUGAAAAGGACAACAACAUUUGCAGCGCCGGAAUUGCAUAUGAUGCUAGAAUUGUAGUGAUUAAAGCUUAUGAGCUUGUACUAAAUGGGAGCUCCUUGUACCAUCUGACGAGAACUGAUAGUAUUUCGAGGUCAUAUGUUCAUGAGUUAGAUAAAAUCGACAUUUUUAUAAAUUCGUAUGCUUCGAAAACUCCAUUUGAUGAAUUGGACAUAUCUAUAAAAGCAGCAAUUGAUGAAGGAGCAACUCAUGGUCGUAAAGGACUUGGUACGAUCUAUGUUGUUCCUGCUGGUCCUGUUGGGAAUGCUCUCUCUCACAACAGACACACAAUUACUGUGAACGGUAUAGGAGAGCGAGGGUCAAAACCCGAUAAUGCAACUAUAGAUACAAGUUCCUUAACAUCUGGUUUACGAGAUGGAAACAAUAUUUCAGCUUCAUUCAUGGUAACAACAUCCCAUGGGAACAAAUGCAUUACGAGUUUUAAAGGUCUUUCAGCGGCAGUUUCUCAAGUUUCGGGUAUAAUAGCCUUGGGAUUACAGGCAAAUCCAAAGCUUAGUUUGAGGGAUGUGCAGCAUAUAUUAGUGAAAGCUUCCGACGUAGAACAGUUGCAAGAUAAAACUACGUUACGUACAAAUGGAGCAUGCUUAAAAUUUCAUAAUAUAUUCGGCUUUGGUCUGCUCAACGCUGAUAAAUUUGUUCAACUGGCUUUGAAUCACUCGACAGUUCCAGUCCUUUUAUCAGUCAGCGUGGAUCAGUUCACGAGGAGGAUUACAGAUAGCCUGAUACAAGAGUUUGAAUUGAUGUAUAAUUGUGCAAGCAAUAGAUGUAUAACAACCCUUGAACAUGUCGAGAUCUCGUUGAAUUUUACAACAACAACUGACCAUAUGAAAGUGGAAAUUAUCUCACCCAGCAACACUUCCUCGAUUGUAAUGGACAGAAAUGUCAGCCAGGAAGGCUUGCCCUAUAGUAGAGAAGGACGAAUCGUGACAGUUCAUUUCUGGGAUGAGGUACCUCAAGGCAUGUGGACAGUGAUUAUACAAAAUAAGCACCUUCGUGAAAUCACAAGUGUUCACAAUAUAUCUUUAACAUUGUAUGGAACAAAGCGCACGCACGUUCCCUGGACGGAUUCUGGAUGGAAAUGGCUACACUACGUUUUACUUAUUCUUGGUAUACUCGUCAUAGUCAUACUUGUUGGCAUUAGUGUCUACAUAUUGUGGAAAAAACAGUUUAAAAAACCUAAACCAGGUAAAAGUCCUAAAGUUAGUUACACCGUUGUUAAUAAAAAUAGAUGAUUAUCCUUUAUUACUUUGUUGACGACAUUUUCUUAAAGGAAACCAAUAUGAUAUAUAUGGAAAUUUCAUCCACAUUGUAAUAAUUAUAACUGUCCCUCAUUUUAAGUAUGUUCAACAUCGGAUUCAUUUGUAACCAGCAACAGAUUUAACAUAAUCAUCUGCAAUAAGCUUACUUCAUUUCUGGAAAGAUAAACACCAGUUUACACAAAAUAAAACAAUAACAGUCAUACCUACUCUUUGUUAUAUAUCACAUAUUGAUAAUGAACGUUUUAAGGUUGCCGAUUUUAAAAAGAACUAAACAAUUUAUGUAAGUCUGUCUUGCUAUAUAUUGGAAUGAUUGAAUUUUUUUUUAUUUUUAACUUUAAACUUUGUCCGGGGCAUAACCUUCAAACCACAGAGGUAUCAGAGGGAAUCAACAAGAAACUUUGUAGGUAGAUAGAAUCAUUUAGUAAAAGUCACUGCAUAAGAAACGUAUUCCAGCCAUGCCUAAUUUUUGACUUAUUGCCCUUUUUGUUUUUACACAUUGAACUUUGCUUGGGACAUUACUCUGAAACUACAACAGAUAUCAACAAAAAACUACUUCUCUGUGUGGGAGCAUCACCUUGUCCGACCAGCUCUUGUCUUCUGUGAUGUUUUAUUUCAUGCAUUUAUUUCAAACUCACGACUUUCUGCAUUGUUGUUUUAUCAUUAUUAGAUAUUGUUCAUGUUAUUGCAUAAUACUGAUUUUUUUUCUAUUUCAUGAGUGAAAUGGUCAGUUAAAAAUAAAAACUAAUGAUAUAUAUUGUGUAAUACAUGAAAACAAGCACAGAAUUAUUUUUUAAAAAAUGUAAGAUACAUGAUACGAUAUUACAUAACCAUACAAAGCAAGAUAAUUAAUUGUUCUAGGAGAGUGUUCAGACUAAUUUACUUGGACUAUAUCAACAUUUUCCCCGCUAAAUGUUUUAUAAAAUUUUCUAAAUAAUACAAUUCUAUUGUUUUCAUGAAAUUUUUAAAACAAGUAUGGAAAAUGUGUCCAUUGUAUACCAACCCACAUAAAGCAGAUUGGCAUACGUAUAUAUGUUGUACAAUUAUAUUAGAAAAAGGUAUAUCUACCAAUAUUACAUAAUAAACCCAAAUACAUGUAUGUAUAAAACUGCAGACCUCAUUCAGUACAAAUUGUAAACAAUUUGGAAAUGUUUAUCUAUAAAGCCAACGAAUCUACAAUAUAAUCUUAGACAAUAACAGAUAAAUAUAGAUCAUAAUAUUCAAAACUGUAUUAUAUAUAAUUAUUUAAUUAAUUUCCUUUUUGGAAAUUUUAUAAGAAUUUGCAUUAUCAUGUUACUCUAAUCACGAUUAACACUAAAUCAUUUAAUCCCAUUUUCCUAUUUUCAAACUGUGUUUAUUACCAUUCAAAUGUAUCAUGUUCACUAUUUCCUUUUUUCUCUUAUUCUUAUAAUUAUUUUAUUUUAUUGUCCUUAUGCUCUUUUUAGUUGUUAAAUUUUGUUAUUUUAAUGUUGGUGUUAAAUUCGUAAGAAAUUCCAAUUCGUGUUACAGUUAUAUAAAAGCAAAAACUAAUUUGAAAGGAAACAGAUCCUCAAUAAUGUUUAUAUAUUGUAAAGUUGGAUUCAAACUACAACAUAUUAUAUAAUCAUAACAUGAUAUUGCAUGAUAUUACUUAAGAAGUAUAGCAUA